AUGACCUACCUGACAGUACUAUAUAAUACAGGCCAGAUGACCUACCUGACAGUACUAUAUUAUAUAGGCCAGCUGACCUAUCUGACAGUACUAUAUUAUACAGGCCAGAUGACCUACCUAUCAGUACUUUAUUAUACAGGCCAAAUGACCUUUCUGACAGUACUAUUUUAUACAGGCCAGAUGACCUACCUGACAGUACUAUAUAAUACAGGCCAGAUGACCUACCUGACAGUACUAUAUUAUACAGACCAAAUGACCUACCUGACAGUACUAUAUUAUACAGGCCAAAUGACCUUUCUGACAGUACUAUUUUAUACAGGCCAAAUGACCUACCUGACAGUACUAUAUUAUACAGGCCAAAUGACCUACCUGACAGUACUAUAUUAUACAGGCCAAAUGACCUACCUGACAGUACUAUUUUAUACAGGCCAAAUGACCUACCUGACAGUACUAUAUUAUACAGGUCAGAUGGCCUACCUGACAGUACUAUAUUAUACAGGCCAGAUGACCUACCUGACAGUACUAUAUUUUACAGGCCAGAUGACCUACCUAUCAGUACUUUAUUAUACAGGCCAGAUGACCUACCUGACAGUACUAUAUAGUACAGGCCAGAUGACCUACCUGACAGUACUAUAUUAUACAGGCCAGAUGACCUAA